GUGACGCGCGGCGCGCCCCUCCGGUCGUCGGCAUUGCUCGCCAGUGUAUUUGGUAGUUCCAUCCGCGCCCGUCUCGGAUAUUGACGUGUUUACGAUAAGAUUUUCCUCCAAAGUUGCUUUCAGUGAACUACUUGAAACUUCACUGUGGAACUGUUGUGCAAUUGUUUGUUUGUUUAAGACUGUUUGCCUUGAUUGCUUAGCUGAUAGUCUGGACAGAACUGUUUCUGUUCUAUAAACUUUCAGAACAUGUAAUUAACUUGCGAUGGAAGAGGAGAGCACAGCCUGUCCCGGCGAGGCCGCCCCUCCUACCGGUGACGCACAGGCCAAUGACGAUGUUCCUAACGCAGACACAAAACCGGCGUCCGAGGACCUCGCAACUAGUGUUACGAAUGUAAACAAUAAAGAAGAAAGUGAUAAUAAGGAUAAUUGUGAUGACAAAAAAGAAAGUGAAAUAAAAAAAGAUGAAAGUGCAGAAGUUAUUCUUGAAACAGUAAAUGCAGAAAUCAAGAGCCCAGUGCCAGUGCUGAAGGAGCCAUUCGUCGAGCCAGAACCUAGCGAACCCAACGAUGACGCCAGAUCGCUGGGCGACCUGGAUAGCUUGCCAGCUGGAGACGAACUUGCACUUGGCGCUGCCGGCAGUGAUAGUGGUGUAGAAGGCUGCGGCCGUGCACUCAGCAGCGGCGGCGGGUCCAGGUCGUGCGCGUCUAGUGUGGUGUCAUGUGGGUCCGGUUGCGGCUCGGAGAGCUCGUCACUGGCGGGUGCACCGCCGCGUCCUCGACGUCGCGUCAAUGUCAACGUCACUGAUCCGAAACGCAGCUCACCUGUCGGCUCGGCAGCCCCACGACCCGUGACGGCGCCCCGCGGCCCCAACCUGGCCACCCGUGAACGGGCUAGGAGUCGAGAGAAGCCAACUCCACCAGAAAAACCCCGACCUCUGACACCAAAACCACGUAUCCGACCUACCGCAGACCUGCCUAAUCUCGUUCGCGAGAGCCCCGCGCUUCGUGCGAAACCUACUAAAACUUCGACGGCUCGAUGUCGUACACCUAACUCGCCAAGUGAAGAGAAAAGAUGGCCGGCCAAUGGACCACGGUUGACGACUGUGACGGACGCGAAUGCAACUCGAGUGGCUGCCGACAAAUAUGCGACUCUACCACGCCGGAGACGUGACGCGGAGCCUGAAGGCUCUCCGAAGCACGAGGGCACUCCACCAUCGUCGCGAAGACCUACUGUUACUCGUUCAGCUUCGUCUCGCUCUACAAUUAAGACGCGAGUUCGUAUCUACGCAGAGAAAACCUCGCAGACAGUGCUGAUCGGCACCGACAUCGAGGCAGCUCUGGCGGGGAUUGUGCCAAAUAUUGAGAGUCGUGUGGAGGUGUCCCGCUGCCACCGCGGCGUGCAGGCGAGCGCUCGGGACGCGGAGGCGAGUCGGCUGGCCGCCGCUCUGGCCGCGGCUGCCGAGGAGCGCGAGCGCCGACAGCGAGCUGAGGCACAACUGGCGGCAGAACGCGCAGCAAGGCUCGCUGCCAUCGCCGAACUCGACAGGAACUCGCAGAGACUGUUGGACCUCGCCGGCGCUGGCGCCGGUGCUAACGCCGAUGGGUGUCUUCGAGCGCUGGAGGAGCAACUCCGCGCAGCCGGCGAACUCGCGGCCAAGCAACGCGCCGAGAUCGACGCCUUGCGCGAACAGUGCAAUAAGCUGCACGUUGAGUCGUGCAGUGCCCGCGAGAGCGCGCGCGUGGCGGAGGCGCGGCUGUGCGAGGCGGAGCGCGAGGCGGCCGAGAUGCAGGACUUCCUCGCCGCCGAGACCGGCGCGCUCAGCGACUCGCUGCGCGACGCCGAGCUCGAGCUCGCCAGGGUCAACGCCGACCUCGACAGGAGGCGGGCCGAAUGCCGACAACUAGUCCGUCUAUGCGAACAGAGGCGACAGGAGGCGCUGGCGGCGGCCGCCAAGUCUCGGGGCGGAGCCCGAGGAGUGCACGCGCUGGACGCGCUGGCGCAGCGCCUCACCCGCCUCACCCGCGCCGUGCAGCGCGCCUACCGCCUGCCGCACGACCUCGAGCCCACCGUCUAUCAUAACGACCUCUACAGCCGCAGCGACAGUGGCGAAGCCCUAUCUCCGGAAGAAGAAGCCGCGGGCGGGGGGCUCGUGGCUAACGUGGCUCGGGCGCUGCGCCAGGUGCCUCCGCCCCCCGCCCCCGCCAGCCCCGGCGCGAGGGACGACGACCGCUCACACAUCUCCGAUGAUAACGACAACUCGGCUGAUCUUCUUGAUUCAGAAACUGAACCUUGUCUUGUUACUGAUCCUGAAUGCGCAGAGGAAUGGUGGUCAGGCGCAGAAGGUGCGGGCGCAUGGAGCGGUGACGAACUAUCGCCUGAGAGGGACUACUAUACGGAUGACAAAGACGGCGAAUCAGCAUCAGCAUCAGAGCGGGAAUCCUUACGCACUCUCUCAGCUGCCAUCGCUCAGCGUCAGCGCAGCGAGGCGGAGGAGACGGCGUGCGAGGCGCGCGGCGGCGUGCUGGCGCGCGCGCUGGCGCUGGACGCGCGCCUGUCGCGUCUGCUGCACGCGCUGCGACACGCCGCCGCGCUGGCGGCUGCCAGGGGGGACCCUGACUCCUGCCGCCUCGCGCAGGCGCUCAAAGACAAAAUUGACAUGACGGAAAAGAAUGUAGCUGACGUAGUUGUGAAAAAGCUAGCCGAGUUGGACGCCAGUAAGAAUAUGAUGGAACAGUACCGACAAUCCGUAGAAACGCUCAAGAAGCAGUUGGCACAAGCCGGUGAGGAGGAUGAUAUAGAAGCGGUUGAGGAGGAGCUAUCAGGCUGCAGUGAGAGCGAGCGUCGUGCUCUAUACGCAUCAUUAGACGCGGCGCUGUCCGCGCUCGGCGGGGCGCCCACACGCUGGUCGCGCCUGGCCGCCGCACGCGCCCGCCUCGAGCGCCUCGCCUUCGCCCUCGCCGCCGCGCCCGCGCCGCCAGCCGCGACACUCGCCACCCCGCCCGCACCCGCGCCAGCACCGGCCGCGUUGCAAGGAGCCGCUUAGAAUGCGUGCUAAGAAAUACUGUCUUAACAGAUGACGUCACUCUAUGUAUAUUAUAAUAUACUGUUAUAUACAGAAUAUACAGUAUAUUCUGUUAUCGUUUUUCAUUGUCAAACUUUAAAUAAAAAGACGAAAUAGAAUCAAUUGACACAACUGUAACAUGAUAAGUAUCAAAAUGACUACGUGCAUGACAUUAUGUAAUGCUUGUAAACAGAUGUGUUAAUUGAUUUUGGUAUAAAACAGUGAAUAAUCAUACAGACUAUAUUUUAAACAAAAGCUCUACUUAUAAGUGUAAUGUCACAAAAUUACAAAUUGUAAUUACAAUAAAAUGACUAAAGUGUCGUCAUCUGUUUAGAUACAGUGUAUACAGUGACUGUCGACUGCACAUCGCAGUCCUCCACAAUCAGUGCCGGUUAAAACAACACUUAUUCACCUACGUCUUCUAUUUGCCAAUAUAGAGUAGCAUAGCUCGUGCUCAUUAUUUGAUAAAUACUUAUUUUUACCGGCACUGACCACCUAAUAAGGUCCUUCAAUUAUCUACUUAAUUACAGCCAUCGCUGUUCUCGCCGAAAUACUUCCAUUUUGUCAUAAUAUAGCUAAGAUUAGAAAACGAUAGAAACUAGUGUUCAUGAAUUGUUUACUCGUAUUGUGGAGCUUACGUUUGCCCUCCGCGCAGUAGGUCAUCCGUCCUGCGUAGUCCGUGACUAGAGUGUAGGACCGACGCAUGAAGCGAAUUGUAGUCACUGAAGGAAACGGCUUUUGCCGAAAUGUUCGAUGUCCCGAGCGUUGUCUGGUCGUAAAUUAUAAGAAUGUUAGAUAGAAAUGAUUACAUCUUAUUACAGAUUCGUAUCUGAAAAAUAACACAUGCCCUAAAAUGAGGCGUGUGUACGUUUAGUAAUUUGUAGGAAAAUGGAAUGUUGCAGUAAUAAUGUUACUUAACGUAGUAGUCGUGUUCGAUGGAUCUCAAUGCGCAGAGAGCGUGAGUGUUGUAAGUCCACUAACAAUGCAAUGAUCAAGUCUUUGACGAUGGAACAAUGUAGUGUCAUAAUAUAUUUGCUUUUGUUUCCAUACAUUUUAGCCUAAGCAUUAACAUUUUCAUUCCUAAUUGCAUUUAACGUUUUCUGAAUUUUCAAUCAUUGCAAUCGCACUGUAUUAUUGAAAUGAAAUUUAUUAUUUAUAAGCUGUAACUUUUCUAAUGUGUUUUUUCUCUGUAUUAUUUGAUAAGUAUUAUUGUAGAACAUUUGUUUAUACGCUGCACUGUAAGUGACUAUCGUUGUACAAUACAUCGCGUCCGGAAUACUAUAGUUCAUCACUAAAGUAUUCAAGUGCCAUUGUGUUAGCUCUUCUAAUGUAGGUACCUAUUGUAGUGCUGAUCUUGGGUCUAAAUCUAUUCUACUCACCAAUAAUAUGUUACGUCACAAAUAUCGAGUAUAACUACGUCACAAUACCGAUUCUCCCACCUCUAUAAUAAUCUUUACGUAAAGCACAUUUAUCUGAAUAUUACUUUUACAGCAUUACAUAAAUCUGUACUGUUCAAGUCAUAUUCAGACGAGACGUAAUAUAUGAAAAGUCGCUAAUAUUGCGCCAGCUGGAAUCAUGGAAACCAUAUAUUUUAUACGAUAUUAAAAUGUAAAUAAAAUGGAUGGUACACAAUUAUAUCACAAUAUUUAUUUUUCUGAUCUAGUCAAUAACAUUCGAUAUUUUAAUUCGAUUUACAUUUAAAAUAUUAUCAGAAAUCUAUUGUCUAUAAAAUAAAUAUAGAAUUCGACUUCUACUCAAUCUGUAUUUAGAGUAUUAUAAAUAUUGUGUUGCCCUUUUUUGAUUUAUAAUUAUUUAUUAAAUAAGGCAUGCAUUACACAAUAAAUGAGAACUAGAUUAAUAUUUUACAUAAUGUGCACAGUUUAUGAAAUCAAAACGUUGCAAGUUUGACAAAAUUGUAACAAAUGAGACUGAUAUUGUAUUUACGUUGAACGGAUCGUUGACGGUCGUGUUGAAGUUUGCUAAAAUGAGUGUUAUAAUAUUGUUUUAGGACAAAUGACUUUAAUUGCGUGAAUUCCUCAAUAUGCAGCACAUUAACUGUAUGAUAAUACUAAAUGCUUUUUGUAUAUACAUGUAGUACAAAAUCAAUAAACUCGCUUCGUCCAUCCACGUCGCUUGCUUCAGGUGCUGAUGAUACGUAAUCAUUAGAUAUAAUAAACUUACAAAUAUCGAUACAGAAUUUAUGCGAACACCAACUGCCCAGGUCAGUGGAGUAUAUCAUAGGUGAACUUGAAUUUAUUUCGAAUUAAAUCGUGAAAUUAUGCGAUGUAAAUACAUUAGUGUAUGUAAAUAAAAUAUAUUGAGCGACA